GUGACGUCACACAUCACAACAAGGAAGUGGCGUUUGUAAACUUUUCGAUUAAUCAGAGGUUACUUGCGUUUUAAGAAAGAGUCGCUUUAAGCUUUAUAGGAAUGGUUUUCAGGAAAUCUGUUCGUACACUUUAACGGAGAAGUUCUACAGUUGGAGUGGUUAAUUCUGUUAAUGGUGUCUUUGGGUGUUGGACUUGGGCAGAAUGGAGGAGAGGAAGAUGAAACGGAAAAGUCCAAGACCCUCAGCCAACCAGGCUGCUCCUCCGAUCACUGUCCGAAACUCCGGCAGGACUUUUGGCAUCGCCACUGGUACCCACUCACACCAGAAGACGAAAUUUCGCAGAGGUGCGAGAGAUAAGCCGAAGCUACAGAGUCAGCUGAGUAACCAGGCUGCCACUACUCAGCAUUCCUUCCUCACAGACGUGUCUGAUGUGCAGGAGAUGGAGAAAGGCUUGCUUAGUCUCCUCAAUGACUUCCACUCUGGAAAACUUCAGGCCUUUGGUAAUGAAUGCUCUAUUGAUCAAAUGGAGCAUGUUCGAGAGAUGCAGGAGAAACUCGCUCGACUACACUUUGACCUCAAUGCAGAAGUGGAUGACAUGCCUGAGGACCAGCGCAAGCUUGCCUGCGACACCAAUAUGGACAAACUUCUACUGAAUCUGGAAGAGUUGAGUUCUUCGAUACAAAAGCUAAACCUGGCUGAUAACCAAGACACCCCAAGAUCAUCCUCCAACAUAUGAAAGGUUCUGUUUCCCGUUGCGGAGCUGUUCCUACAUCAGAGAAACAGCAUAUCAACUAGUAUUGUUGCAUUUGUGAACUUCAUGAACAGUCGUAAAUGCCACAUAACCCAACAGUUCAUUACAUUUUUCAUCUAAUGUCUUACCUGUAUGACUUUAUGACCAGUCUACUUCUGUAUCUUUCCUAAAGCAGAAUGUUGGAUCUUAAAUAUUGCCUUAUAGUUGUGCAAUACGAGAACAUUUGCAAUAUGCAUAUCACUGUUCACUUUAUUUAAUAACCUUUUUUAUUCCUUUCUUGCAUAAAGAUUUUAAAUAUUUUAAUUGAACACUGUGUUUGGACAUUGUUAACAGAAAGGUGUUGUUUUUAGUAAAGCCAAGGAGUAUUUGCCUUAAUGUUUGAGAGUAUGCAGAGGAACAGAGUUUGUUGGUAAAAUAAAAAAAUAAUUUUUUAAAAUUAAUAGUCUAUGCUACAAAAUGUAUUUUUAUUUAAAAGUGAAGUGGUCUUGAUUUCUAAUAUAAUUGCUUGAAUUCUGGUGGUUUAUGUGUAUUGGUUUUCUUGAUGUCUUCAAUAAACUU